AUGGUGUAUCGAAGAGAUCGUGAAAAAGCUCCUGACGGAAAUUCCACUUCAGAAAUAUCGUCAGAUUCCACAGAAGAGGACCUAGACAAUUUAAUUGACGAUCUUCUUGAAAAACUUGCAGUUUGCCCAUCUAGGCCCCAAAGAAUGACAAUCAAAAACAGGAAAGAGCGAUCUAAACAUGAGCGCUCUGAUCGGUCUUCGGCCGUUGAUGUCGCCGGAACUUCCAAAGAUGAUUCCCGUUCUUUUGGGUUUCAGCGGUACCAGUAUUCGCCUGAAGAACGAGGACAAGGUAUAGUACGUGGUCGUGGCCGGCAGCUGCGCUCUCACAUCCCGUCUACCGGUGUUCGACCGAGCCAGUUUCCUUACCCAACAUAUGUGCCGACAGAAAACUUGCAUACUCAGCCGCUAAAACGACGUUGGCCGCGUUCCCUUGAGACUUCGAAAAAACCAUGCGAUCAAUUAAGUGACUGCUUAGAUGACGUCACAGAAGCAGGUGCAGGAAAUAAUAGUGAAGACGAAUAUUACAAUAUAACAGACACUGCAACACAGAAUACGUCUAAAGCUGAGGACAAUAGUUUGGAGCAACUAUUAAAGGAAAAGAAAGGUCUUAAAGUCGUGCGCGUUCAUGGAGACGGGGCUUGUCUAUUUCGUAGCGUCUCCCACCAAGUUUAUGGUGAUGAAGAAAAGCAUGAAAUUGUUCGAAAGCAGGUCGUGGAUUACAUGUACAAGAACCGUGAACACUUCUCGCAGUACGUGACUGAAGAUUUCGACCACUAUCUACACAGAAAACGUCAACCUACUUGCUACGGGAAUCACCUUGAAAUUCAGGCGAUUUCUGAGCUUUACAAUCGACCUGUUGAAAUUUAUUACAACAAUGUUGUCCCCAUCAACGUUUUUCACGCCGAAUACUCCCAUGAUGUUCCCAUAAGACUAAGAUAUUGCGGUAGGACGCACUAUAACUCCAUCAUUGACCCGUGCAAGCCAUCUUUUGGACAUGGCUUGGGCAUGCCUAAUUACCAGCCAGGGCUUCCAGAAAAAGACCUCGUGAAGCAAGCCAUUCUCGAAUCGGAAGCCAGCGAAUUAGAGGAGGCUAUGCUGAGAGACAAGCUGGCUGAAUCGGAAACCAAGCAAUUGGAAGACUGUAUUGCCGAACAUGUUUUGCGCGAAUCUCUUUUUGAGCAUGUUAAAGCCCAUCUAGACAGCCCGACAAUAGACCGACAACGCAGUACACCGCCACCAGCCGCCUCCUCCCCUUCGGCUUCCGAUCCAUCGACGACGACGACGACAAAUUCCCGUGCGUAUCAGCCGAGUUUGUCCGUGGCUGCCUCAGGCUCCCUCCAACAGGCUGCUUGCUCUUCCUCCGCUCUCUCCAAACCGUCUUCGUCCGCCUCUGCCGCGGCCGCUGAUCCCGGAUUGGGCGAUUUUGCUGUCCUUCAACACAUCCCACCUAGUAUGCUUGGUGAGUUGCUUGAAAUUUCCGAACGUUGUUGA